AUGGCUGAUUACCCUGCUAAUGGACUAGACUGACCUUUUGCUACCCCUGAGGCGCGCGAUCGAUAUCGGGAUUGGGGUAGCAAGAAGGUAUUGACGCCGCCGAUGAUAUUGGACCAUGCAGCGCUGGAGAGCAUGGGGUAUUGGGAGGAGGUUGAUGACUUCCUCCAUGACCCCAAAUGGAGGCGCUUGCUUUCACUCCGUGCAUAAGCUAGCGUGCCACUAACGAUGGAGUUCAUCUACUCGUUGAGGUUCGACGUUUAUGGGAGCAGAGUUCGAGAUGUGGAGGGAGUCCAUCCCUCAGUACGGAUGACGUUCACGCUUCGUGGGACGAGAUUUGAUAUUCCCGUUCUUGAUCUAGGACGCCUGCUGGGGAUAUAUACUCUUGAGGAGACGAGCUCACCGCACUUUCUUGCCCUGCCACGUCGACUUCCUUUGGAUGUUGACGUCAAGGCAUUUUGGAGGACUCAUUCACGUAGCACUAGAGACUUCAGCAACAAAUACAGCUCAUCAUCCGAUUGGAGGAGUCCCGCGUGGAGGAUACUUAGUCACCUCCUCUGCUGCAGCUACUUUGGGCGUCAUAAAAACGCCAACAGAGUUUAUGACACUGAUCUGAUCUUCGUUUGGAGCCUGGAGAGCCACACACCUGUGGACCUUUCCUCUUUUGUUGGGCGUUUCCUGUUUGAUCAGUCGACUGGAAACCGCCAUCACAUACAGGCUGGACCCAUUAUCACUCUGUUAGCGCGCGCCCUCGUGCCUACCAUCGUCAUCCCAGACCUUCUCCCCGAGGAGUCUAGUGUACGGCCUAUCACUUCUGAGUCUCUCAUCCACAUGGGAUUCAGAAAGAGGCCACGCGACACUAGAUACGAGCCAGAUCAGGACACGGGCACGGGCAGUCCUUCAUACAUGCCGGCGAGCAUGCCCGCAGAUGGAGCCUCUUCCUCUGCUGUUCCACGUCCAUUGCCUAAUACAUUUGAGGAGCUAACCACUGCUUUUGGUGAUCUCCGGACAUCGUUUGAUUCACGCUUCCAGCUUUAAGAGCAGCGGUGGACCGCCUUUGAGCAACGUCAGGAGGCUUGCUGGAAGGAAAUCCAGGAUCAUUAGCAUCGCAUUGAGACUAGCCUUGCAGAACAGGGUACGCAAAUUGCCCAUAUAUUGGACUACGUGGAGGCACAGCAAGGAGUCCCUAGCACCACUCGCCAGAGAGGGCGCGGUCGCGGGCAAGGAGGAGGACGUGGGCAGUGAGCUUAUCCCCUGCACUAAUAUGUUUCU